AUGUCGGAGCCAAAGUCAGUCGCAAUUAUCGGAGCGGGCAUAUUCGGCCUAUCGCUGGCAGUGGCCUUGCGCGACCGAGACCACAAAGUGACCGUGUUUGAGAGGUAUGACUAUGAUCGGAACUCAUACGAUGCAAACGAUGAGGAGAUACAGGCUGCAUCGGUGGAUCACAACAAAAUUUUCCGAGCAUCUUACGGGAAGGAGCUUCAUUAUCAGCGCCUUGCCAUGGAAGGGCGAAAGCUUUGGAUUUCAGAGGAUGAGAAGCGAGGCUGUUCACAAGAGGCCUCCGAUUCAGAGGAGAAGAAGAUUUUCGUCAACAGCGGAAUGUUGCGAGUGCAGCCGUCGGACCACCUCGAAGAGUUGGAAAAAGAAACAUUGGCAAACAUGGAGCGUGACGGUUUUCGACAUGCGCAGUUCGAUGGAAGGAUAAGCUGCUCGAUUUCGCAAUUCCUCAUUCCUCCCCCCACUAGCUCUUUUGAAGCUGUGCUUGACUCUCUGGCUGGUUUCGUGAGGUGCAGUAACGCCUGUGCUCAUUACCAGAAAGUCGCAGCGUCCAAAGGCGUUCGGUUUUGGUUUGGGCAAAAGGCUGGCGCCGUAGAUUCGCUGGUGAAAGAGCCUAGUGCAAUCGACUCCGAGAAAGCCAAAGUUAUUGGAUUGAAAACGAAGGAUGGUGUUACUCACAAAGCCGAUGUUGUUGUGGUUGCUGCUGGGUCUUUUUCCACGCAAAUCCUUCCCGACUUGAGCUACCAUCUUGAAUCCUCCGCGGGAAGUCUGGCUAUCUUCAAAAUUGAUCCGAGUGACAAGGAGCUCUGGGACAAGUAUUCCCCUGAAAAGUUCCCAGUUUUAACUUGGAAGAGUACUCCUCGAGAUCCCAACGGAAAAGAUACGGGUAGCAUAUAUGUGCUGCCCCGUACCCCUGAAGGUCUUCUCAAGAUUGGUUAUCGUGGAUUGAAGUUCACCAACUUCAAACCCGCACCCGACAGUACGCCCUUCACUCAGGAUGGUCAGUGGUCAGUGCCUCUUCCGUCAAAGGAAUGCCACUCGCUUCAAGAGCAAGCCGAAUUUGCUAUUAGGCAGUUUGUAUCUGUUUUUUUGCCAGAGUUCAGUACCGUCCCAUUUUACUCUGCCAAGCUCUGCUGGUAUACGGACUCAUUGGACAAUUCCUUCGUGAUUGACUACGUACCGGAUUACGCGGAAAAAUCUGUCUUUGUCUGUACAGGUGGAAGUGGCCAUGGGGCCAAAUUUCUACCUAUCCUUGGAAAGCACGCUGCGGAUAUACUUGAGAAUCACGAUCAGAGUACGUCUUACAUGCGCUCUUUUUGGAGGUGGCGACCCGAUCUACCCCGAAAAAAUGGCCUUGAAGAAGGACCAGGUGGAUCUCGUAACAUUUCCAAGCCGUCCUCUUAG